UGUAGGCAUAAAGGCAACCCUGGAGGUAGAUCUGGGCUGAGUGAGUCACAGGUGGGAGGGAAGGUUACGCCUCCCGGCCACGGUCUGUUGCAUAAAGAAUCUGGAGGGUAGAGCUCUGAAGCUGGAAAUUCGAGGGGCUCCCAGGGGUUCCCCCAUGGUCCCAGCAACACAGAAUUUCACAUUGGUGCAUCUUCCUCUUGUAGGGAUGAACCAGACUUUGAAUAGCAGUGGGACUGCGGAGUUGGCCCUGAACCAUUCCAGAGGGAGCGUGGUGCACACGGCCUGCCUGGUGCUGAGCUCCCUGGCCAUGUUCACCUGCCUGUGCGGGAUGGCAGGCAACAGCAUGGUGAUCUGGCUGCUGGGAUUUCGAAUGCGCAGGACUCCCUUCUCCAUCUAUAUCCUCAACCUGGCGGCAGCUGACCUCCUCUUCCUCUCCAGCAUGGCUGCCAUGCUCAGCCUGGAAACCCAGCCCCUGGUCAGUACCACUGACAAGGUCCACGAGCUGAUGAAGAGACUGAAGUACUUUGCCUACACAGUGGGCCUGAGCCUGCUGACGGCCAUCAGCACCCAGCGCUGUCUCUCCGUCCUCUUCCCUAUCUGGUUCAAGUGUCACCAGCCCAGGCACCUGUCAGCCCGGGUGUGCGCCCUGCUCUGGAUGCUGUGUCUCCUGACAAAUGGGUUGACCUCUUGCUUCUGCAGCAGGUUCUUGAAAUUCAAUAAAGACCGGUGCUUCCGGGUGGACAUGGUCCAGGCUGCCCUCAUCAUGGGGGUCUUAACCCCAGUGAUGACUCUGUCCAGCCUGACCCUCUUUGUCCGGGUGCGGAGAAGCUCCCAGCAGUGGCGGCGGCAGCCCACUCGGCUGUUCGUGGUGGUCCUGGCCUCUGUCCUGGUGUUCCUCAUCUGUUCCCUGCCCCUGGGCUUCUACUGGUUCGUGCUGUACUGGUUGAACCUGCCGCCUGACACGAAGGUCCUGUACUUCAACUUGUCACGCCUCUCCUCGUCCAUGAGCAGCAGCGCUAACCCCCUCAUCUACUUCCUGGUGGGCAGCCGGAGAAGUCGCAGGCUGCACGGGUCACUGGGGACUGUGCUCCAACGGGCGCUUCGUGAGGAGCCCGAGCUGGAAGGUGGGGAGACGCCCACCACGGGCACCAAUGAGAUGGGGGCUUGAGAGCCACCUACAGGUGCUUCCCAUCUGUGCGAGCCUGUGUCCUGGAGAUUCCCGAGCCGUGAGCUGCCUCCCGCCUCAUCCCUGCCAAGUGCCUGGCCAGCCUUCUUGGGGGAGCCCCAAGGACUUUGCAACUGCGUG